GUUUUUUUUUCGCGUGUGUUAUCACCUGACUGUCACAUGACCCGACCUGUUGUUAAAACCCGUGACCAGUGAUAAAUGCUUGUAUAAAGCCUGGAUAAACGACUUAUUUGAUUUAUAGGUUGGAAGAAAUAAUCUAUAUAGUUACAAUGAAGGUGUUGGUUCUUUGUGCCCUUGUGGCUGGCGCCAUGAGUGCGCUCGUUGAGUUCCGAGACAAGGACAUCUUUGAGCCACUUUCAGAUGAGAUGAUCUGGUUCAUCAACAAGAUGAACACAACAUGGAAGGCAGGACAAAACUUCCAUCACAUUGCCAAGGAUGACAGACUAGCCCAUGUUAAGAUGAUGUGUGGUACCUAUCUGAACACACCCCCAGAGCUGAGGCUCCCCGAGAAGAAGAUGGAGCCCCUGAAGGACCUCCCCGCCACCUUUGAUUCCCGCACACAGUGGCCUAACUGCCCCACCCUGAAGGAAGUCAGAGACCAGGGAGCCUGUGGAUCCUGCUGGGCUUUCGGAGCUGUUGAAGCCAUGUCAGAUCGUAUCUGUAUCAAGUCUCAAGGAAAAGAAAAUACCCACAUCUCAGCCGAGGAUCUGACAUCUUGCUGCAGAACCUGUGGAAAUGGGUGUGAGGGAGGUUUCCCAUCUGCUGCCUGGAGUUACUAUAAGAGAGACGGUCUGGUUACCGGGGGACAGUACAACUCACACCAGGGAUGUCUACCUUACACAAUCAAGGCCUGUGACCACCAUGUGGUAGGAAAACUCAAGCCAUGCAGUAAGAGCAUCGGACCCACUCCUAAAUGUAAACACACCUGUGAAGCAGGUUACAAUGUCACCUAUGAGAAGGACAAACACUAUGGAAGUUCUGCCUACAGUGUACAUGGUGUAGAGAAAAUUAUGACAGAGAUCAUGACCAAUGGCCCAGUGGAAGGUGCUUUCACAGUCUACGCUGACUUCCCACAAUACAAAUCUGGUGUAUACAAGCAUACUACUGGACAGCCCUUAGGAGGUCAUGCUAUCAAGAUCCUCGGGUGGGGAACUGAGAACGGAGAUGAUUACUGGCUGGUGGCCAACUCCUGGAACCCCGACUGGGGAGAUCAAGGUUUCUUCAAGAUCUUAAGAGGACAAGAUGAAUGUGGAAUUGAGUCCCAGAUCAGUGCUGGAGAGCCCAAACUCAGUUAAAAAUAUUAAAAAACACUGACUAAAAAAACCCACUAAAGUGCUCAACUUAACAUUACCAUGAGAUUUAUUGAAAUGAAAUUUCAGACAUAUUUUGCUUUCCAAGUUUUUUUUUCACAGACUGUUAGAUUUAUGAUAUUACAUAUAUAAUGUAUAUUUUCCAAGUGUGAUAUUUGAUACUUUGAUACAAUUUGUAUUUGAAAUAUUAAAUAAAAUUAAGAGUUUA